AUGGGCUUGAAUGGAAUUAUAGAAGUGCCUGGCAUCUUGCUUCCUCUACUCUUCCUUUCAUAUUUCGGUAGGAAGAGUUCCGGGAUAGCAUUCUUGAUUAUUUCUGGCAUAGCAAUGUUAUUGAUAAUGGUGGUACCCAAGGGCUGGCCAAUGGUGUGUGUCACAAUGAUUGGAAGACUUGCAGGAGUAGCUGCAAAUGGUGUUGUCAUUUUUCAUACCCUAGAACUAUUUCCAACAGAAAAUCGCAAUACUGCUAUGGGUAGCUGUGUUACUGUGGCACAGCUGGGUCCUCUUCUAGCACAAUAUAUAGUGGACAUAUUGGUAGGUAUAUAA